AUGCAAGACGGUAUUCCUAAAUAUGUUAUAGUUCUGCAUUGUUGUACUUCAAUCAGUGUUCCAAUCAAUUUAUUAGCGAUUUUUUGUAUCUUUACACAAUCGUCGAUUUCUAUGAAGAAAUAUAAGUGGUAUUUGUUGAACGUUCAGAUUUGGAUCUUUCUAACCGACUUGAUCCUUUUCGUCCUAAUUGCUCCUCGUUUUUACUUUCCCCUUAUUGCUGGAACCAUGCACGGCUUCUUCUUCCACGUUGGAGUUCCCUACGAAGUUCAGACGAUUAUUGGAUUCGGAACUGGCGUUGGAAUGUUGUCCGCGUGUAUUCAAGCAAUUCAGUACCGACACAGCCAGAUAGUCCCGCCAAAUAGUAUGCUAGCGAGGAACUCAAAAAUGAGGACUACUCUUAAUGGCGUCAGAUAUUUUUUGUUUUGCCAGGUGUCCGUUCCUGCUGUGCUCACAGAGCCAGUGAACCAGUUUGAAGCAAAGUUGAGGGUUGCUGGGAAGUACCCAUUUAUACCGGAUUUCUUCUUCGAUCCAACGGUCUACCUACUCCAAGAGUCACCAUUCUUUGUUUUUGUUCCCGGAUCUCUUGUCCUUUCUUAUGUAUUCCUUGAGCUCUCUUUUUACAUUCUCCAAAGUUUUUGUCAGCUCAGUAAACGAGUUUCACACAUGUCCGAAAGAACGAAAAAACUACAAAGGAAGUAUUUCGUGUGCAUUUGUGUACAGGUACUGGUUCCUUGUUUUUUCUGUAUGUUUCCAAUUGGUUUUCUUUGUUUUGCAAUUGUCUCCGGGUAUCAUGUGCAAUUUUGGAACGACAUGGCAGUUCUAAUGUUUGGACUGCACGGAACCUUUGCAACACUAGUAAUGCUACCCCUCUACCAACCAUAUCGAAAGUUUUGCAAAUCCCUAAUUUGUUGUGAAUUUCGCCCGUUUUCCAAAAUUCAUUCUUUGGUAGUUGUACAUUUGUUAUCGUAA